AUGACUAUCUUUUUGUUGUUGGGGUGGCUACUAUUUUCUACAUCGGCUUCAGCUGAGUGCACAAGAGAAUUUCUCAUAGGUGCUACCGACAAGUAUGUCACGGCACAGGCUGCCGGAACCGCCAACGACGUAGUUGCACUAGCAGCACCUAAUGUCACUUACACCGAAAACGAAGUUCCUAAGGCCAUCCCAGAAGGUGUUUUGGCAGAAUCUAUUAAGAUAGAUCAUAAUCGAAGCAUCCACGAUACAGUCAACUGUGCAACAUUCACCGAGAUCAUCGCUGCAACGAACCCUCAUCAGUAUGUCAUCGGCACGCGCAUACUAUUCAACAGUGAUAAUGAAAUUUCAUUGAUGGAAUCGAUUGUUACUGACGCCGGAGACUGGGCUUUCAACGCGACAGAUCUCUAUUGGGAUUCGCUGGAAAACUGGGAUCCUAUCCCUGAGGAAAAGAGAGACAGUCGAGAGGUGAUCAAAUCAGCCGGUAAUUCUUAUUUUGAGCGGUUCAAGAACGAGAGCGUAGUCGUCCCUUUCGGUGUUCCCUGCUCGCGGCUGGAAGGGGGCGCAUCUACCGCUCCGCUGAACAUGACUGGCGAUUCUUGCACGCUUGCAGGCCUACCUUCGACCCUGGUAGUCACUGAUCGCCGCUUCGUCGUGGACGAGACCCUGGGUGUCGUCGACAUAUUCCUUGGCUUCCCUGGGCUUGACCGAUCGCAAGGUCAGAAGCCGAUGCCUGAUAGCCAUUUAUUUAGGAUAGAGUCAGGCAAGAUCAGGUACAUCCACACCGUUUCAUCUUGUGUCGAAGCGGGUUGUGGGAUGAAUGGUACUAUUCCCCCUUCGACGAUAAGGCGCCUGCGGCACUUUUGAAAAAAAUAAAAAUAAAAAGGAGGGUAUCCAUCUUAUACUGAUUUUGGCUUGAUAAAUGAUGAAGGGUCAGGUCUCGUGAUAUAGUAUUAGAAGUAUAGUGCUACCUGAAAUUGACGUGAAAAGGGGCCGAGCUAUGAAGCAAUCUUUAAUAUGAUUUUGAGAAAUGAUAUCGAGCAACUAUUUUACGCCCUCUCUACCAAAUCUGACGUUUACGAGUGCUGCUACUGUAGACAACCGGUAUGAUUCUAAU